GCGCUACGGGCUGCCGGCGCGUCCGUGCUCUGGGUUGAGGCGGCUGGGGCCGAGUUGGGGGGCGGGAGGCGCGGCGCUAUGGCCGAGGGCAGCGGGGAAGUAGUCGCCGUGCCCGCGACCGGGGCUGUCAACGGCCUCAACAAUGGGGCCGGCGGGACCUCGGCGCAGACUAACAACCCGCUAUCGCGGAAGCUGCGUAAAAUCCUGGACACACGGCUGGACAACGACAAGGAGAUGUUGGAAGCUCUCAAGGCACUCUCAACCUUUUUUGUUGAAAAUAGUUUGCGCACUCGAAGAAAUUUACGUGGAGAUAUUGAACGCAGAAGUUUAGCCAUCAAUGAAGAGUUUGUAAGCAUUUUCAAGGAAGUGAAGGAAGAACUUGAAAGCAUACAUGAAGAUGUUCAGGCAAUGAGCAGCUGUUGUCAAGAUAUGACAUGUCGCCUACAGGCAGCAAAGGAACAGACUCAAGAUUUAAUAACAAAAACCACUAAGCUUCAAGCUGAAAGUCAAACAUUAGAAAUAAGAGCACAAGUUGCAGAUGCCUUCUUAUCCAAGUUCCAGCUGACUUCUGAUGAAAUGAGUCUUCUCCGAGGUACAAGAGAAGGACCUAUCACUGAGGAUUUUUUCAAGGCAUUGGGAAGAGUAAAACAGAUUCAUAAUGAUGUCAAAGUUCUCUUGCGUACAAACCAACAAACAGCAGGUUUAGAAAUUAUGGAACAGAUGGCCUUGCUUCAAGAAACAUCUUAUGAAAGACUUUACCGGUGGGCUCAGAGUGAAUGCAGAACAUUGACACAAGAAUCAUGUGACAUAUCUCCAGUACUGACUCAGGCAAUGGAAGCCCUGCAGGAUAGACCUGUCUUAUAUAAGUAUACCUUAGAUGAGUUUGGAACAGCCAGAAGAAGUACAGUUGUUCGUGGAUUUAUUGAUGCUCUUACAAGAGGGGGCCCAGGAGGUACACCUAGACCCAUUGAAAUGCACUCCCAUGACCCUUUGAGAUAUGUAGGAGAUAUGUUGGCUUGGCUCCAUCAGGCCACUGCUUCUGAAAAAGAACACCUUGAAGCUCUCUUAAAGCAUGUAACUACACAAGGUGUUGAAGAAAAUAUUCAAGAAGUUGUUGGACAUAUUACUGAGGGUGUGUGCAGGCCUCUAAAGGUUCGAAUUGAACAAGUAAUAGUUGCUGAACCUGGGGCAGUUUUAUUAUAUAAAAUUUCUAACCUCCUCAGAUUUUAUCACCAUACAAUCAGUGGCAUUGUUGGAAAUAGUGCAACUACAUUGUUGACUACCAUUGAAGAAAUGCAUUUGCUGAGCAAAAAAAUAUUCUUCAGUAGCUUGAGUCUUCAUGCCAGCAAAUUAAUGGACAAGGUUGAACUCCCACCACCUGAUCUUGGACCAAGUUCUGCAUUAAAUCAGACACUCAUGUUGUUGCGUGAAGUUUUGGCAUCUCAUGAUUCUUCAGUUGUACCAUUAGAUGCCCGUCAAGCCGAUUUUGUGCAGGUUUUAUCAUGUGUCUUGGAUCCUCUUCUCCAGAUGUGUACUGUAUCAGCCAGCAAUUUAGGCACGGCUGACAUGGCUACCUUCAUGGUCAAUUCACUAUAUAUGAUGAAGACAACAUUAGCUCUGUUUGAAUUCACUGACAGACGUCUGGAAAUGCUACAGUUCCAGAUUGAAGCACAUUUGGACACACUUAUAAAUGAGCAAGCUUCUUAUGUUUUAACUAGAGCAGGCGUGAGUUAUAUCUAUAACACCAUACAGCAACAUAAACCCGAACAGGGCCCUUUAGCUAAUUUUCCCAACCUAGAUUCUGUGGCACUGAAGGCUGCAAUGGUUCAGUUUGAUCGCUAUCUGUCAGCCCCAGACAACCUGUUAAUGCCACAGCUGAACUUUCUUCUAAGUGCCACAGUGAAUUUGACUGCCUUUCAAAGGAGAUUUUGACUGAGCACUUCAUCCUUGGAAUAAACUAUUGAAUACAUUUAGGUAGCCAGAAAGUGAGGUUGUAUAGAUAAUGGAGAAAAGAAUAGAAAAUUAAAAUAUCCUUAAAGAAUUCUUCCUUCCUUGUGAUGAAUUAGAAGGGCGUUUUUCUUUUUUCAACUCCAGACUCCAACAUUUACCUUUUAAUGGUAUAAAAAUAGAGGUUGGACUACAGAAACCACAAUUAUGCAUAUUUAUAAAAUAUUCUCAGUGUCUUUUCUUACUGAGUCAGAAUUGUUUAUAUGAGUAAUUUAAGAAAUAAAGAGAGUAUAGAUACUUCCUAAAGUGAGCAUGUAGAAAAGUGGGUAUGAUUUGAGGAUUCUUUUAUUCAGGAAUCUUCCUCUAUUAUAUAUGCUAGAAACAAAGCAGGUAUCUUUAAAAAGAAUUACUUUGGUUUUUUAAAAGAGGUAAAUGAAAUAAUUUUCUUCUCUUUAACCUGCCUCCUUUUAAGCCACCUGUCUUUAACUAUCAGGAAUACCUGUGUAAACAAAAAUAACGCAGGUUUGGGAGUGGGGGUGGGGUGAGCCUACCAGAGGAAUAACGACUAAUGGAAACAGGCUUUAGAGACCUUGGAAAGUCUAAGCCUUAAAAGUAAGGCUAGUCUGUUCUACAGUAAAGGCUACUUUUGACUCACACUAAUAAAGCUUAAAAACAAACCUCUAGAAGAUCACGUGGCUCUUUACUAAAUUAACUGCCUUCCAGAACAAAACUUAGCACUCGUAAGUAUGACAGAAUACAGACAAUCAACAGUGUAGCAUUUAUAAUGCUGAGCAUGCAAUAAAAGAAACACUUAGGUUUUAAGCAGUAGGAAAAUAUGAACCAAAACUAGAAGCAAAAUCUGUCAAUAGAAACAGACUUACUGACAGAGUUUACAGAAUUAGCAGAUAACGUCUUUAAAACAGCCAUUUAAGUGUGUUCAAGGACUUCAAGGAAAAUUAUAUUGAGAGGAAAAGUUAGGAAUUUUACAAAAUCAGAAUUCUAGGCCUGAAAAGUGCAGUAUCUAAAAUGAAAAACUCACUGGAUAGGCUUAACUGCCAGUUGGACAUUCUAGAGGGAAAGAUAAGUCAGCUUGAAAAAAGGACAAUAGAAAUUGUCCAAACGGAAGCACAGAUAGGAAAAAAUUAAAAGCUGGAAAAAAGAUGAAGAGAGUCUAGGUGAAUUGUGAGAUAAUAAUAAACAUUCUAAUACAGGUGUAAGUGAAGUGUCAUAGUGAGAUUGAGGCAUAAAAAAUUUGAAGGCAUAAAAGAAUUUUUUUCAAAUGUGAUAGAAAACAUGAACCCACAGACUGAAGAAGCUAAAUAAAUCACAACAAGGAAAGCUGUACCAAGGUACACCAUAAUUAAAUUAUUGAAAACCAGUGAUAAAGAGAAAAAAACUUAAAAAGCAGCCAGAGGAAAAAAAGAUGUAUUAUAUGUGGGGAACAAUGAUAAGUAUACUACUGACUUCUUAUUAGAAACAGUUCAAACCAGAAAACAAUAGAAUAGCAUCUUUAAAAAGGUGGAUGAUAAAACACUUUCAACUUUGUGUAUUCAUCAGAAGUAUUUUUCAAACUGAAAGUGAAAUAAACACAUUUUGAGAUAAGAUAAACAAAAGUAGAGAGGAUUUAUCAUCAGUAUACUGCAAGAAAUGAUAAAGGAAGUUCUUCAGGCUGAAGGAAAAUGUUACCAGAAGAAAACUCCUAUUUACACAGAGGAAUGACAAGUGCAGGAAAUGCUAAAUAUAAAAGAUAGUAGACCGUUUGAAAUAAAAAUAAUAACUGAAUUUUGGAGUUCUUAACACAGAGAAAGUUUAUGACUACAAAAGCACAAAAGAUGGAGUGGGAGGGAAGUAGUAGUAUACUGUUGUGAUGUAAGUUUACUCAUGAAGUGUAUAAUAUUGUUUGAAGGUAGAUCGUAAACCUUACAGCAAGCACUAAAGUAAAUAUUAUCUAACAUGCCAACAGAUAAGAUAGAAUGUUAAAAAAAACUGUUAUAUCAAAAGAAGGCUGAAAAGGAGAAAAAAAAAACAGAUGGGACAAAUAUAAAACAAGUAACAUGGUGAUAGACUUAAAUUCAUCCUUAUAAGUAACUAUAUUAAAUGUAAAAGAACUACACACUCCAGUUAAAAAGCAGAGGUAUUAGAUUGGGUGAAAAAGCAUAGCCCAACUGUCUGCUGUCUAUAAGAAGUCCACUUUAAAUAUAAGGACACAGUUUAAAAAUAUGGUAUAAGAUAUACCAUGCAAAUAAAAAUUAUAAUAAAGUUGAAAUAGCUAUAUUCUGAUAUUAAUAUCAGAAAAAUUAGACUGAUGGACAGAUAAUACCAAAGAUAAAGAGGGAUAUUUCACAAUAAUAGGAUCAAUUCAUGAAGAAGAUAUAAUAGUAAAUAUGGGCAACUCGUAGCAGAGCUUCAUAAAACAUGAAGUAUAAGUUUAUAGAAUUGAGGAAGAAUAGAUAAAUUGACAUUUAUUUUGAUAUUUCAACCCUCCUUUCUCAAUAAUUGAUAGGAAAAUUAGAAAACUAGCUCAGUGUAAAAGAACUGAACAAUGUCACUAAUCAGCUCAACCCAAUAGAAAGAGAAUACCACACACAACUAUGGAAAAUAACAUUCUUUUAAAGUGCAUGUAGAACAUUCACCAAGCUAAUGUAAAAAUGAACAAAAAGAAAAUAAGAAAGCCACUAGUGAGUAUUCCCAUCUAUGAACAUGGUAUGCCUGUUUAUCCAGAUCUUCUUUCAGAAUUUUCAAUAAAGAUUUACAGUUUCUUCAUAUAAUUUUCCAUGUAUGUUAUUGGGUUUAUUCUUAGGAAACAAUUCUGUGGAUUUUAUAAGAUCUUUUAUUUUCCAUUACAUGUUCUGAUUAGAUAUUGCUGAUGUACAGGGAAAGUACUAAAUUUUAUGUUAAUUUUGAAUCUGGCCAGUUAACUAAACUCUUAGUUCUAUUAGUUUAUCAAUUGUUUGCCUUGAUUUUUUGUUUUUGGUACAGACAUCUUAAGUUAAUGAGUUUCAUUAACGUUUUUCAGUUUUAUGACUAAACUCAUUAUAUUGGCUAGGUGCUCCAAAGUAAACAGUAGAUGUAAUGGUGAGUGUGUGUAUUUUAUUUUGAACUUUAAUGUUUCUGAUGUUUCAUCAUCAAGUGUGAUGUUUGCUGUAGAUUUCCAGUGUUCCAACAUGGACACAUGGUAUUCAUCUCUAACUGGGUAUGUAGUGUAGUAAUCUGUAAAUUCAGCAUAACUCCAGUCAAAAUUGCCAUGGAACCAUUUUAUUAAACAUUUAUCUAGAAAGAAAUAUAUGAGAGGAGACUCUGGUCACUUUUGACCAUCUCCACAGUUGCCACUCUGGUCAAAGGUAGUAUCAUCUGUGCCUGGAUUGUCAUGUUAGCCUUGGAUCUAUUCUGUUUUCGCCCUUGCUCUCUCUAUCAUUGCCACACCAACCUCUACAAUCUAGUCUUAGCAUCUCAACUAGAGUGAUCCUUGAAAGGGUUGCCUUCACUUAACCCUCCAUUUUAUAGAAGAGGACAUUUUUAGAAAGGUUAAAUAAUUGAAACAAGGUGAAACAAUUAGCAAGAAGCAGAGCCAAGAUUCGAAUCCAGUAUUCCAGAGCCUAUUCUCUUUAACACUAGCUUGUACAGUAUUUUUAUUAACUCCUUCUAUGUUGAGAUUACAUUGUUUUAUUAUUUUUAGAGGAAGCUCAGAAAUGUUAGGCAUGUGUGAUAGAUAAGGCUUAUGUGAGAUAUGUGCCUUGGUCUCAUCUAAAAUAUGCUUUAAUUUUACUGUGAAUGACAGAAAGCUGACCCACUAUGGCAUCUUUGGUGUUUAUAUUGUGAUAAAGAGAAAUCAAAAAUGUACAUUUUUAAACCAGUCUAUUAUAUUUUUUUCUUAGUUUUUCAGGUUUAAACUGUUAACACCUUCUUUUCUCCUAUGGCUUGUUUGAUUGCACUCUUAACUGUGGCGCUGUAAUAAAGCUCAAUUUUAGUGAUCACAGAACCUGAAUGUUGAAAUAAGUUAUUUUUAGAAGUGCUGGGUUUAUGGUAAUGAUGAAAGUUGUAUUACGUUGUUAUGGCAACCAAAAUCCUAAAGUACUGAUUAAUGACAAGCUCACUGAUUCUGGAAGUAAGCAGUUCAUUUCUUAUCACGGCUCAGUACUUUAAAUAAUUAUUUAAAAUAUACAUAAUUUCAAUGAACAUAUUUUAAAAUGUGAAUGGUAUCUCCAUUUAGUUAUACAAUUAUCUUUGUUAGUGUUUUUGAAAUUUAUAAUACCAUAUUUUUAUGGCAUUAUGACAUUUAUAACUGGACAAGUUAAAUUUCUUAAGGUAUGGAAUACCCAUGCAUAAGUAACUAAAAUAUGUUGCCUUUAUGUGAAAUUAUGUAACAAACUCAUCUUCUCCUCAUUUAUUUCUUCUUCUUUUUUCUCAUAGCACAUUAGCUAUAUCUUUGAUAUAUACUGGUAUAGCAAACUAUAUGGGAAAAAAAAAACUGUACUUUGCAAAAGUAAGAAAGACUUUCCAAAACAUGAAAAUAAAGCAUUUAGGGUCUGGGAGAACAGCACGUCUUUUUUUUUUUUUUUUUUUUUUAAUUAAUUAAUUAAUUAAUUAAUUAAUUUUUGGCUUUGUUGGGUCUUCGUUGCUGCGCAUGGGCUUCCUCUAGUUGCGGCGAGAGGGGGCUGCUCUUUGUUGCCGUGUGCGGGCUUCUCAUUGCGGUGGCUUCUCUUGUUGCGGAGCAUGGGCUCUAGGUGCAUGGGCUUCACUGGUUGUGGCAUGUGGGCUCAGUAGUUGUGGCUCGCGGGCUUUAGAGCGCAGGCUCAGUAGUUGUGGCGCACGGGGUUAGUUGCUCUGCGGCAUGUGGGAUCUUCCUGGACCAGGGCUCGAACCCAUGUCCCCUGCAUUGGCAGGCGGAUUCUUAACCACUGCGCCACCAGGGAAGCCCCAGCAUGUCUUUUCACUGUCAUACUGAAACAUUGUUAACAGGCCCAUCAGAAAUUAUUUAAUUAUUCAGGGGAAUGCACCCUUGUUUGCUUCUCUGUUUACUAUUGAUUAAAGGUUCCAUGUUUUUUAAAUCCUGUGUUUUUUCUUGCUCCAUGGGACGUUAACUCAUUUUAUAUGUAACUUAAUUUAUUCUAACCUUCCUUUUCAAAUGCCUGUAAAUGACCAGUUCCUCAAAAUGUUUUAACCAUCUUUACCAUCUUAGUAAUUUCCUCAUUGAGUUAUUAAAUUUUUGACAUUCUUUAUUUGUAUGAGUCAUGUUUUUAAAUUUUUUGAAAUUACUAUGAGAAUUUUAUGGUAGUAAAGAGACCAAGAAAGUUAAUGGUCUAACUUUAUAGAUGAAUCUUGGGUUACAUUCAGAUUUUGCUUUUCUGUUUUAACUGACCUUUUGCAUAUCUGUUGGUCAUGUGAAAAGCAGAACUUACCUUUAGAAUUUUGACAUAGAGAAACAGUUCUAAAUGUACUCCGUCCAUCAGCUAUGUGAUUGGCUGUGAUUGAUCAAAAUACAGAAAGUAAAAUCUGAGGUGGGUGCCCAUGCUGGAAAAUAGCAUACAUGACUGAAAAAAAGUAAAAAGGUACUGCUUUUCUUUACCUACAGAUGAAGUGAUCAGUAGAUAAGGACAUUCUACGUUUUCAGAAGCGCAUAACUAGACUGAGAUGAUUUGCUGGUCAUUUUGUAUUUAUAGAAUUCCUGAAUUUUUCUAUUUUGAAUAUUGGUUUUAUUUGUCACUAUAAUGAUUUAUCAUUAUUUGAACUCUGUAUUUCAUACAUGAUAUUAGUGAGUAAUUUGGGCCACGACACCAGGCAGGCAGGCAGAUAUACAGAUACAUGCGUAUACUUUUUGACAUAAAGGGUGUACUUACAUAGUAAUUAGCAUUAUAAAUAAGAAGGAGGAGAUAGUAAAAUGGCAAGAAAAUUGCUUUAGCACUUUAGAAACACCACCCAUUUUUAUACAAGUAACUGAUAUGUUUACUACACUUCAUUAUUUAGGGAACCCAAUUCUCCAAAGUAAUGUGUGUGUCUGUAUGUAUAUGUGUAUGUAUGGGUGUAAAUAAACACGCAGAGAUUUUUUUAACCACAGUUCAUUAAAAUGCUCUUAACUCUCAAUGAAAUGAUAUAAUUUUAAAGCUGGAAGUGUCUUGUAAAGAUUAUCGAGGUCAGUAUUUUGUUUUACAAGAGUGAAAUUCAGUCCUGGAACGGUUAAAUUACUUGUUCAAGGCAGCAGUAAGUAGCAGAACUUCAACGAGAGUCAAGAUCCUCUGACAGUAAUGUCGUUCGCUAUACUAUUUUAUCUCUACCAUAUAUAAUUCAUUAGAAAAACAUUAAUGAACAUGAGUGUAUGGACAUGUACCUGGCUUUGGUAGUGAUAAAUGAACUCUUAACAUUUGUCCAGAAAUACGGAAUCACUGUCAGGCACAGUUCUUGCUCUUUACAGUUUGGAUUUGACUGAGAUUCACUUGGAGAAUCUAUUUCCAUUGCAUUUCUAUCCUCUGGAUUUUUUCUUUUUUUUUCUUAUUAAGUUAUGAGCACUUUUUUUUUUUCUUAUUAGUCAUCAAUUUAAUACACAUCAGUGAAUACGUCAAUCCCAGUCGCCCAAUUCAGCACACCACCACCACACCCCCCGCUGCUUUCCCCCCUUUGUGUCCAUACGUUUGUUCUCUACAUCUGUGUCUCAAUUUCUGCCCUGCAAACCGGUUCAUCUAUACCAUUUUUCUAGGUUCCACAUAUAUGCAUUAAUAAACGAUACUUGUUUUUCUCUUUCUGACUUACUUCAGUCUGGCAGUCUCUAGAUCCAUCCACGUCUCAACAAAUGACCCAAUUUCCUUCCUUUUUAUGGCUGAGUAAUAUUCCAUUGUAUAUAUGUACCACAUCUUCUUUAUCCAUUCCUCUGUCGAUGGGCAUUUAGAUUGCUUCCAUGACCUGGCUAUUGUAAAUAGUGCUGCAAUGAACAUUGGGGUGCAUGUGUCUUUUUGAAUUAUGGUUUUCUCUGGGUAUAUGCCCAGUAGUGGGAUUGCUGGAUGAUAUGGUAAUUCUAUUUUUAGUUCUUUAAGGAACCUCCAUACUGUUCUCCAUAGUGGCUGUAUCAAUUUACAUUCCCACCAACAGUGCAAGAGGGUUCCCUUUUCUCCACACCCUCUCCACCAUUUGUUGUUUGUAGAUUUUCUGAUGAUGCCCAUUCUAACUGGUGUGAGGUGAUACCUCAUUGUACUUUUGAUUUGCAUUUCUCUAAUAAUUAGUGAUAUUGAGCAGCAUCUCUGAAACCAGAAGAAGCCAUGGAACCUCCUUGAAGAAAGGCCUUGGGUAGGGGAGAGACACGAUAAAAGGUUUGCUUUAGAAAGAUUAAUCUAAGAGCAGUGCUCAUGAUACAUUAAGUGGGGAAGAGACUGGAUGGGGAAAGACCAGGUAGGAGUUUUUCUUAGAUACUCCAGGCAAGAAAAGUUUAUUAGGGCCUGAACUGAGGUGAUGAGACAUAGUUAUGCCAUUGACAGAAGCAGGAAACAGAAGUAGGUUUGGGAGUGAAGCUUUAAAGACACAUUUUUAAUUUAGUUAUACAAGUCAGAAAAAGGUGUUUUCAUCAGUAGGUAUAUAGAAAUAGAAGUAGCUGGGGAUGACGAAGUAAAUGUCAUGAAAACAUAAAGGGUUAAUGCAGAUUUAAUGAGCCCAGUGUUAUUUUUUUCUAAAAACAUUGGCUUCAGUUUAUUUAAAACUAUUUCUAUUCUUUUAUGUACUUAUGUAGAAAUGCGUAUUUGAAAAUGCCGUGAUUUGUUGUAGGCAAGUGUCACGUUUUUGCAAGAGAUGAGAAAUCUAGGAGAUAUGGUUAUUAGUGUAGGAGCUAUAGGUGAAAGGAUAGUACAUUGUAAGUUAUUCUGAGAUUUGAAGUGUUGAUAAAUUUGAGCAGCUACAGGUGAAAGGACAGUAUAUUGUAAGUUAUUCUGAGAUUUGAAGUACUGAUAAAUUUGAAUAAUUAUAAGCCUCUUUCUUUAAGGUUAAUGUGUUAUCAGUCAUGUUUGCAAAAUCAGUACAUUGGUGGUGGUCACGGUUUCCAUUUCUUGUUUAGUAAUCCAUGGUAUAUCAGGCACUGUUCUAGCCCUAAAGAUAAGGAAGGCAGUGAACAAAACACAGCUCCUGCCCUCCUGAAACCUGCUUACUAAUGGAGAAGAUUUAAUAAAGAAAUAAUAAAUAUAAAAAACCCUUUUAUCCCCAAACCAAAAUAACUAACUUAUGUAGUUGUACAAUGGUUUUUAAUAAUAUAUAUGUGAUAAUUACGAAAAGAAAUUCGUUGGUUCAUGUAUGGAGCUUUCUCACAGUGCUUAGUGUUUCAUUCUCAGAUUAUGUGUUCACAUUUUGUUUGUUUAU